CGUGCCGCCCUGACUCCGGUUUGCUUGGAUCAGCGCAUGCGCCUAACUUCCUUCACGGCCCAGCGUCAGGCGAGGGGCGACGCCUCGAGGUAAUACGGAGGAGGUGCGCGAGGCGGUCUCUGCGCCGGCCCAGUGGUUCUAUAGAAGCCGAACCUCCUGGCUGCCAGGGCAGGUGCGAUGGCGGAGGAGCAGGUGUCGGCUCCCGAUAUCAAAGCCGCGGCGACUUCAGAACCUACGGUGUCCGAGGUCGCCGCGAAGUCACCGGACCCCGAGGACUACGACAGCAAGUGCGUGUUCUGCCGCAUCGCGAGGCGGCAGAGCACCGACACCGAACUCCUGCACUGCGAGAAUGAAGACCUAGUUUGCUUCAAAGAUAUCAAGCCAGCAGCACCUCACCAUUAUCUUGUUGUGCCAAAGAAGCAUAUAGGAAACUGCAAAGAUCUAAGGAAAGAUCAAAUAGAAUUGGUUGAAAACAUGGUAGCUGCUGGAAAAACCAUUCUUGAAAAGAAUAAUUUCACUGAUUUCGCUAAUGUAAGGAUGGGUUUCCAUAUGCCACCUUUCUGUUCUAUUUCUCACUUGCACCUUCAUGUUCUGGCACCGGUCAGUCAGCUCAGCUUCUUAUCCAAGUUGGUUUAUAGAGUCAAUUCCUAUUGGUUUGUCACAGCUGAUUAUUUGAUUGAAAGAUUAAGAACAUGAAAAUGUCAAUAGUGGAAGAUUUUUCUCAUCUUGGCUCAGUAUGAACUAGUAUCUUGCAUCCUUUGAAGUCUAAUUGCAAUUUUAAGGUUUGUUGGGUUUUAUGAGAGGCUGUUACUGAAUAACCUUAAAUCUUUUCUGAAUGUCUGCUUCCAGAGACCUGUGGUAGGCACAUGAGGAUUUUUUCACUGACUUCUUUGUUUCUUGUCUAAGCAUUUUAUAUAUAAACUACUAUAGAGGGAAUUUCAUUUAAAACAAAUUCUGUUAGUCAAGAAGGGCUCUGCAUUUUUUAAAGUUACAAUAUUCUCAUUUUUCUGUUGAUAGUCAAUUCUAAUAGUAAUUUACUUAUGAAGAAUAAAUUGGUAUAGAAAGUACUAUAUUGGAAUCUCUAAUUAAUGUGAAGGAGAAAAAUAAAUUAGCUAGUUGUUUUUAUUUUUUUAUGUUUUGGUAUGUGCUCACCAGAGAAAGAGACAGACAGAGAGAGAAAGCGUCACCCAGUGGAGCAUGAUCACAUUGCAGUCACUUUUCCUCUAGCCUUCCGUUCUGUCAGGAUGUGGGCUGCCCAUGCACACAAGCCUGGCAUUGUUUCAAGCUGCUAGGACCCUGUCUGUGGUUGGUCCUGUGGGUUCUGACUCCCAGGGCACUUAAGCACUACACUACAGGGCCAGGCCGAAGUUAGUUAUUUCUUGACAGUUCUAUAGUUUUAUGCAUAUGUUUUCAAAGUGAAGAAUACCAUACUUCCUCUGACCUUGCUAUUGAAAGAAUUAUAUAUGUUCAAAUUUAGAUGCUGGUCUUUCAUUUCUUGUGAAAUUAUUAAUAUAUUCAAAUUUAAGAUGCUGGUCUUUCACUUCUGAAGCCUAGCAUUUUUGAAAUAAAUUGGUCCUCAAAGCUGCUGUAUAAUAUAUAAAAUGUCUAACAUUGAAUUUAUAAUAACAAUGGGUUAUCUAAUAGAAUUUCCUGUAAUGGAAUUUUGUCUUUAAUACCACAAAGGAGGAAGAAAUAUAAGCUGGCUCUCUUAAUGCAUUAAAGGUGGUAGAAAAUGUUGCUUUAUGGCAUAUUUUUGUGUGUUAAAGGGAAGUUAGAAAGUAUUUAGAUCUAAUUUUUACCAUGAAAAAGACCAACUUGAAAGUAGAUGCCUAUUUCACUAAGAAUUGCCUUUUAACCACUAAUCUGCACUAUUCAGUUAGAAUAGUGAAUCUGGAUAAAGAGUAGGUGCUGAAAGCUUAUUCUGCAUUGUGCCAGAGUAUAACAGUACCAGGUACAUGAUAUGAAUGAAUAUACAGAUUAAUUUAUUAUUAGGAAUAGGCUGAGAUACUGAUUUUUUUUGCAGCAUAUUAAAUAUAGUUUUAAGUAAUAAAAUACGUAUUAAAAUCUUUAGCAACAAUAUUUGGAAUCCAUAUUUCAUUUGUUCAUUGAUUUAUUCAAUCAGCAGACAUUUGUUGAGCAUUAAUAUAUACCAGACAUUGCAAGGUUCAGGAAAAAAAUAAAAUGAGAAAGGAGAGUCUACCUUUAGUUGCUAAUACAGAGGUCAGACAUAGUCAGUAAUUAGAAUUUAGUGUAUUACAUGCCAGUGUCCACAGAAGAGACUGAGGAGGGGGACAUACUUCUGAGAACAAGUGACAGAACUAAGUAUUGAAAACUCAUCAAUCUGGCAGACAGUGAUAGUUUAGACUGAGCAACACACACAUCUUUUCUUGGGUUCUGUUGCCACUGUUAUUUAUCAACACUUUACUUUGAAACGAAUGUCCAAAUUUCAUCUUAUUCACUGGAUAUGGGGAGAGGGAUUUGGAUGUAGGGAUUAUGGGCUCUCAAAAUUAGAUUUAUAGUUUUUUUUUAGCAGUACUUUGUGAAAUAUCUACAGAGUAACUACUUAGAUUAACAGUUACAAGUUUCUAUAAAUCAAACUAUGACCAGCUUCAGAGAAGGAAUUUUCAACAUGUUCAACCUUUUGAUUGUUCUAUGAACUUACAGUGAUGUCAUUGUCAAGAUUAUGACAAUAACAUGUAAAACAUUUAAGGACUUUUAAAUGUCUUGUGAACUUCUUCCAAAAUGCAACCAGCGGUUGAUUUAAUUGAUAUGUUUUUAUAUAUGCUGAUAUAUUAUUCUUUGGGAAACAUUUUAAGCAGAGGUUCUCUUUCAUUUAUAAAACUAAUAAUCAGAUUAUUACAAUUAAAAUUCACCUGGCCUUUCCUGUAGUCUUAAGUACUUGAUAACUUCCUGUGUAUUAGUUUAAAACAAAGCUAAUUUAAAACCUGUCUUAAAAAUGUUUAAAGCGAUAUGGAAAGCAUUAUUUAUGCAUGUUGUGAUGUUUGUGUAAUUAUAAGUGUAAGAUUAAUACAAUGAGCUGUUUCAAACUGUGCUUACUUAGCUAACAGAAAAUGAAAUAAAAAUUUAAAAAGUGCUGUGCAAAA